UCAACUUUUCGCAUAAUAUACCUAACGUUGGUGCAGGCCUCAGUAUUGUACACUCGCCGUCUACCUCGAAAUUAUUAAGAGGUGUCUCGUAUAAGGCGCAGCGCAUCAACAUUGAGAACAGACUUAUGAUGAAAAUCAGAGACAUGAGACAAGCUGAUCUUUUAACUUCACCAGCGACGUGAAUUUGCAUUGAUUCGACGUUACCGCGAGAUGAUAUCUGGCAUAACAAAGUACAAAGACACAGCAAAUUGCCUAAGGACGCGCCUUCACCACAACACAACCUUCAGCUACUGCUACGGGAAGGAAAUCUUUUUCUCUAGGAGGUUAGAUUGGGUAUCGGUCGGCUAUCUUUCCCGACAUCUGCUGUCAAGGCGUUGUUUCACUGGGCCAACACCGCUAUAG